AUGGCACAUUUUGAUAUUAUUAGUUUAACAGAAAAAGCUGGAAAUCUCAAAAUUACUGAGGACCAAAUACCACAAAUUGAAAAGUUGUCUUUAAAACGACAUGAUGAAUUAAUAAAACAAAAAGAAAAUAAUAUCAAAACGAUGAGUGAUUUAAAAUCUGCAUGUGAACAUGGUGAUGAAAAUAAAAUAGAUGAACACUUAAGGAAAUUACGUGAAUAUGAACAAUGUGAAUUUGACAAUCGUGUACAACUAUUAAAUGAAUUUGAUAAAUUAUUAAUUCCCAGUCAACGUGCACGCUUCCUAUUGUUUGCUGCCGAAAAACAACAUGGAAAAGAUCAAUCGAUUGGACAUUUAUUGGAUUCGGUACUGCUCCAUAAUUUACAUAAUUAA